AUGAAGUCCUCGUCAAAGAUCCCAAACACCGAUGCAGUCAGAAAACAGAAAAAGAAGUCCAUCGCCUGCCGGAGAUGCCAUUCACACAAAAUAAAAUGCACCGGUGGUCAACCGUGUCUUAAAUGUCGGCAGGCCGGUUGUCCUACCGAAUGUAACUAUGUCAAUCGCGAUCGUCAAAUUAAAGUGCAUGAGAGUUAUCUCGAGGAUCUAGCUGCAGAGAACCAGCGCUUGCGUGACCAAUUAUCUCAGUCACCUAGAUUCUUAACGCCAAGAGAACGUCAACCGCAAGAUGAAGAUGUGCCCGAACCAGACACAGAUACACAUGUUCGGAAUCCAAUGCUCGGUGAACGGGCAUGGUUCCUGCCACACGACCCUUCAUUACCACCUAUCCACGUUUGUGAAGCAGCAUGCACGGCAUUCGCUACCAGGAUCCGAAAGGUUCUUACCAAGAGCGAGACCACUUCUCAUAUGCCUCGGACGCAAUACACACCAGAAGAUACGUUAAUGAAAAUACGCAAUCCCGCAAUGCAAUGGCCAAGCUUGCCGCAGGCUCGCCUUUUGCUCCAAAUUGUGUUCGCUCAGGUGACCCGAGUGUACCAUUUGGUUCUUCGCAAGUCGACCACUGACCAGCUCGAGGAUGCCUAUCGCAAGAGCAACUUUGACGACCCCGUAUUGACGUGUAAAUUCUUUGCUCUUUUUGCUCUGGGAGAAGUAUAUUCCGCACGAUCAAUCCCAAGCUUUGAAUGUAACGUCCCUGGUGUGGCCUAUUAUGUCAAUGCGAUCACGAUGAUACCCAUCUUGCCGGAGCGACCAAGCCUGGCACAUAUUGAAACCCUUUUACUUUUGUCGCUAUAUUCAUUUUUCUUGAACCGACGCCAUUCAGCAUUUCUGUUGGUCGGAAGCGCUAUGCGUCUAGGCUUGACUGUAGGUCUAAAUCACAAUAUCCCCGAAAGCAAGUGCCCAGACCCCGUGGAGCGUCAGCAUCGGACCAGACUAUGGUGGGCAAUUUACGUAUUCGACCGAAUGUAUGGCUCCAAAGUCGGCUGGCCGAUUCAGAUUUCCGACGCAGACAUCUACGUUGAAAUGCCAUCGAAUGUGCCUGGCGAUAUCCACGACGAUCAUACCUCCGACACUGAAUUCCUCGUUGCCAGUAUUGAGUUGGCCAAGAUCACAGGUCAGGUCAUUGACCGUGUGUACAGUCGAAAAAGGUUCUCGGAGUCUUUCUUACAGCGGGAGCAAAAGUUGCUCAUCUCUCUCAAGGAGUGGUGCUGUGCCCUUCCCCCACAAAUUCGGCUCAAUCGCGAUAGCCCCGUUCCGAAGAAUGUUAUAUCGCUGCAUCUUCAAUUCAACCAGUGUAUAAUGCUAGCCAGUCGGCCGAUCCUUCUGCACGCGCUGAUCCAAGCUACAUCACCAGAGUCUAUUGCAGAGGAUAUUACCCAGACGAAUAUCCGCCAGACCCUGAAAACGCUCAGCGAUGCAUGUAUCCAUGCUGCCAGACAUACCCACUCGCUGAUCGUGGAAGAAUGGACCAACGGAUCGCUCCCAAUCUUUGGAUAUUUCUAUGCUCACUACCUCUUCUCGUCAGCACUGAUAAUGGUUAUUUCCAGCCUUAUAUAUCCCGAGAAUAGCAAUGACUUUGCGUUGUUCGAGGCAGCUUUCGAAAUUCUACGGGCAAUGAGCAGCCACGGAAAUCUUGCUGCGACCGAAUUUUACGAUAAUUUGGAAUCCGUGAAGCAGUGCUUGGAUGAUAUCAGAGGGUCAGGAGGCGGUUCUUUCCAUAGUGAUGUCUCUCGUGUUGUAGAGACCUUUAAUGACCCACUUAGUGUCAUUCCCCCUAACCAACUGGGACUUUUUGGGAAUACUACUGUCUCCGGUAUUCCAGAAGCUACCGUGCCAUCAAACACCGCAAACGACAUGACCUUCCUAGGAGAGAGCAUGGAACAGUUCCUAGCUCAGCCAGGCCUUGAUUUUGACUUGCUGGACCCCUCUCUUACGGAUACUGUAUACUCGUGGCCAAACCUUUCGCUGUGGACUUCAUGA